AUGAAGGGAGAACGAAUGCCGCUGCUGCCGCUGCUGCCGCGCGCGUCGACGGUGGAGGAGGCACGGCAGCGCAAUCUCAACAAACGUGUGAAGCUCUAUUCCAAGCGGCUACGGCAGCUCUGGCCCCGCAUAGCCGUCUUCUUCACUCCGCGGGACAUCAUCGGCCUGGGCUCCACUUGUCGCCGACUGCACCAACUGCUGGAUAACGACCGCGUCUGGCAGACGCAGUAUGAUCGGGUGCUGAACCAGCACGUAACAAGGCUAUUGCUGCCACAUCUAGAGACACGCUUCGACAAUGGCCUUCCGACUAAAGAGAAACUCCGACGAGUAAUCCAUGCUCGACAUGUCCACGAUCCGACCAACGCACUACAGCUGCGGCUACGCGAGGCGGAGCGAGAAGUAUUUCGGUUGGAGCUGCGGCAGCACAAAGUGCGUAGUGUGGUGUGGAUGAACGUUCCGCUGGUCUUGGCGCUGUGCUGUUUGAGCGUGUGGAGCUACACUACUGCAUCUGCAGAGGAUGAUUACUUGACAGACACCCCUUCAGCUCAGCUUCGCGGUAGUGAGGACGGUACUUCUCGGCCUACGGUUGUUCAUCCUGUGAAGACGUUUAUACUGGUGACGGACCUGUUGCUGUUGAUUGCCGUGAUGAUAUUGGGCGUUGGUGACUUGAAUGGCAAGGCGCUGUACACUGUUGGAGUGUUGGUCGCAAUUGAGGCGGCGGUAAUGCUGGCUGAGUUUGUGGCGUGGUCGUCGUCACUUCAAGUUGCCCACUCAUUCGUGGUGCUUGCGAUCCUUAUCUUCAACACUGUGCUCGUUACUAAGGAGAAGAAAGAAUACGGCGUGCACAAAUGCUAG